GCGGUCUCUGCUGCUCUCUCUGUGUCUUCCCUUUUGCUUAUUGCAUUGUAGUCUCUAAUCUUUGCUUCCCACUCUCGAUCUCAUCGUUCAUCCGACCUUGUGCUUUGUCCAUGGCUGCCAAUAAGAUGAACACCUACAGAGGUGCCUCUUCUUCCUCCUCCCGUCGUUGGAAUUAUGAUGUGUUUUUGAGUUUUUGUGGUCAAGACACUCGCAAGAACUUCACAGAUCAUCUCUAUAAAGACUUGGUCCGGGAUGGGAUUCGCAUCUUUAGAGACAACGAAGAGCUAAAAAGAGGAAGGGAUAUUUCUUCAGAAUUGAUGAAAGCUAUCGAAGGUUCUAGGAUUGCCAUUAUCGUCUUCUCCCAGAAUUAUGCUUCUUCCACCUGGUGCCUAAGUGAGCUGGUGAAAAUCCUUGAAUGCAGAAAAAAUGGUCGAAUGGAAGAGGUUCUGCCUGUUUUCUUCAAGGUGGAUCCAUCGGAUGUCAGGAAACAGACUAACACUUAUAAGAAGGCAUUUAAAGGACACGAAGAGCGUUUCAAGAAGGAGAUGGCAAAGGUGAAGAAGUGGAGGGAUGCUCUCAAAAAAGCUGCAGAUUUGGCUGGGUAUGAUCAAAGAAAUUUUGCAAAUGGGCAUGAGGCGGAGCUUAUAAAGAAAAUUGUUGAUAAAGUGUUGAGUAUAGUGAACCAAACAUGCUUGCAUGUUGCAGAACAUCCAAUUGGGUUAGACUCCCACAUUGAGCGCAUAGGUGUUUUACUAAAUGAUGGCGAAUUGAAUGUUGUUCGCAUCAUAGGGAUAUAUGGCCCUGGUGGAAUAGGUAAGACAACUAUAGCAAAAGCUCUUUUUAAUGACAUGUUUAAAAAUUUUGAAGGUAGCAGCUUUCUUGCUAAUGUUAGAGAGGUUUCAAGUCAACAUAACGGAGUAGCUUUCUUACAAGAACAACUUCUCUCUGAUGUCUUCAAGAGAAAGGUCGAAGACAUAUACAAUGAGGACCAAGGAAUCAUUAUUAUCAAAAAGCAUCUGUACUGUAAAAGAGUUCUUAUUGUUCUUGAUGAUGUGGAGAAAAUGGAACAAUUUUGUAAAUUGGUUGGAAGGCAUGGUUGGCUUUGUCCGGGAAGUCGAAUCAUCGUAACAACUAGAGACAAACAUUUGCUAGAUAAGCUGGAGGUGGAUGAAAAAUAUUUGGUCGAGACAAUGAAUCAAUAUGAAUCCCUUGAACUUUUCAGUCACCACGCCUUUCAACAAAAUCAUCCAUUAGAAAACUAUGAGCAGCUCUCAAAUGAUGUAAUACUUUAUGCAGGUGGCCUUCCAUUAGCUCUUAAGGUUUUGGGUUCUCAUCUAUGGAAAAAAAGUCAAGUUGAGUGGAAAAAUGAAUUGAAGAAAUUAAGAAAGAUACCCAAUGGUCAGAUUUUGGAAAAACUUGAAAUAAGUUACAACGGGUUAGAUGAUUUCGACAAGACCAUAUUCCUUGAUAUAUCAUGUUUUUUCAUUGGAAAGAACAAAAGUGUUGUCAUUACAAUUCUAGAUGCUUGUGAUGCGGGCGGAGAAGCUGGAAUUAAACUUCUCAUAGAGAGGUCUCUGAUAACAAUUGAUGAAGAUAACUUGUUACGUAUGCAUGAUUUGAUUCGAGAUAUGGGAAGGGAGAUUGUUCGUAAACAAUCUCCUAGGAAGCCUGGAGGUCGUAGUAGAUUGUGGGACAACGAUGAUGUCAUUGAUGUAUUAGCAAACCUCACUGGAACUGAUGCAGUUGAAGGCCUUCAAUUAAAAUUGAACCGGUAUGAACAUACAGGGACAGACCGGUUGUCCAUCGCUGGAUUUUCUAAGAUGCCUAAUCUAAGAAUACUAGAAGUUGAUAUGAAAUGGGCCACCACCGAAAUAGAUUUGAAACCUUCUUGCGAGGAAUGUUUCAGAUACUUAGUUUGGGUUAGUUGGAUGCAAUUCCCUUUCAAAUAUAUACCAAAUAAUUUUAAUAUGGGAAACCUUGUCAUUCUUGACAUGCAAUAUAGCGAACUCGAAGAAGUUUGGAAGGGAACCAAGUAUCUCACAAAGUUGAAGGAACUCAAUCUUACUCGUUCAAGUCACCUAAUCCGUACACCGGACUUCUCAGGGCUCCCGAAUCUUGAGAUACUACUCCUCGUUGACUGUCUUAGCUUGAAAGAAAUCCAUGAAAGUAUUGCUCGACUUACGAAACUUGUAAGGUUGGAUCUAAGUCAUUGCAACCGUUAUGAGAAUCUUUCGAUCAGUGGUAUUUGUAAAUUAUUGUCAUUACUAGAAACACUUAAUGUUUCUAAUUGGCAAGUAUUUGAAAAUUCUCCAAAGGGAAUGGGGAACUUCAAGGAACUUAUUCUAAAAGAUUGCAAUGUAAGAGAUGGUGAUAUACCUGAUGAGUUUUGGAUGUUACACUCUUUGGAGUCAUUGAAUCUAAGUAGAAACUGCUUUCAGAGCCUUUCUUUUAACAUUGGCCAGCUUUCAAAUCUCCAAACUCUGGAUGUGAGGGAUUGCGAGAGACUCAAAUCACUACCAAUGCUUCCGUCAAGUUUGCGUUCUCUUUAUGCAUCAAAUUGCCAGGAGUUGAAAAUGUUACCAAAUUUGUCAAACUUGAAGCACCUAGCGAUGCUCCAUCUUUCAGAGUGUGAAAGGCUGACUGAAAUUGAGGGCUUAGAUGAUUUGAUAUCUGCAGAAAGUAUAAAUUUAGAGGGUUGCAGCAGUUUGGAAAGUUUUAUCGAGAAGAGAAUCUUUCAGGACAUAUCUAAAGACAUUGGUAGCAAUCGUAAUGUGGUCUGUGACAUCGUCUUUGAAGGGAACGAGGUUCCGGAGUGGUUUGGGUUUCAAAGUGAUCAGUGGUCGGAGGAUUCAUUAUCUUGUGAAGUUCCUAACAUGGUGGAGAUUCAAGGCUUGAUUAUAUGCUUUGUUUGUAAGGACCUCUCAGUGGAAAAUGUCCAUAGCGUAUUAAAAGUAUCGGCUGCAAGGGUUGUAGUUGAUAAUAAAUCAAAGAACUUUAAAUGGAGCCGCACACGUGAAAUUCAAUUUUCCAUUUUAAAAAGGACAACUUGGGUGAUCAAGAUACCAAAUUGUGUUGGACUCACAGCCUAUCCAACUCAAGCAAUUGUGGAAUUUUCUUCCUCCAGAAAAGUUUUGCCGAAAUCAUUUGUUGAAUGUGGGGAUAAUAUACAAGUUUCCAUUUUUCUUUCAAACAAUGUGUUUGUGAGGGAAAUUGGGGUCCAUUUCUUCUAAGCGGCGUCACAACAUGAGAAUUGAAUGUCCAUUUCUUCGAUGUUUUCUUCAGAUUGCCUAGUAAACAUGAGAGAAUAGUUCUUUCCAGUGAAGAGGAACUUGGAUGUACUUCUUUCUUCUCUUGCUACAACCAAAGAAGCCCACAACUUAUUCUCAAUGUCCCUCUUGGUAGAGAUGAUCAAAGAAGAUGGUGUGAGGAGAUUGAGGCCUUGCAACCGAAGCACAACACAAUUCCUAGCAGAGAUAGAAGCCCUUGAUCUCUCUUCUUCUGGGGUUUAUUUUAUCCUAUCAAUUUUUCUUUCA